GUUGAGCAGGAACAUAGGGACAGUAGGUGGUUUGCAGUCACAGAUCCAGACUCUCUAGCAUUAGGGGCAGAAAACAACAGGACAGAGUUUGCCGGUCCUCUGAACACACUUGCCCUACUAAGAGACUUUUAAGAGACUUUUUUGAAUUGACCCUUCUCUAAGCCCCGCCCCUCUGUUGUUAGCCGCUUUGUAGCCCUUCUAGCCGUCGGGGCUGGCAUGGCAUGGCAAAAACAAUUUUCAGAGAGAAGCAGACAGAAGGGUCUAUAAUAUGCAUUUGAGGAAUUUAUAUACAGGAUGUCAAACCGACUCAACAGCAAAAACAUGUUAUAAAGAUAGAAGCUAAAGCCUACAGAUCAGAAUGUAAAAGCGAAUCACAUUACCUAGUAAUCGAGACAGAAGACUAUGAAAUUAAGGAGCAAUGUUGUUUCUGUAAAGCAGGGUAAAUUCAGUUAAAAUCAUUAAAAAGCAAAAGAAGCGUGUGUAUACAUUUAGUAUACCUUUAGUAUGCCUUCAGUAGCUAGCGUAGCAUAGAAGUGCUAGUUAAUGAUAAAUGGUCUUUACUCUGCUAAUGUUAGCUCCAUAGGGUUUUGCGUCAAUCUGAUCGGACGUACAUUGAUCAGUGUCACUUCUACACGUGCCAUAAGCACAACGUUUCACCAUGAAUGGCUUGAAAUCCACAAAAGCAUCCUGAAAAUUAGAGUAUAUGGAUCACAGCCGGAUAGUUGUGGGACCCUGGUCGGAGCUGUCUGAUGCUACGCUAUGAUUGGCCAGUCUCUGUCAAUGCGAAGGCCCAAUGCAUUUUGUUUUUUUCCACCUAGAUGUUGUUAUAAAGCUAUAAUGAGCCUGAGUCAGAAACCGUAACUUACUUAAUAACAUACCAACCACACGACUUAUUCAGACUUGUUUUUGAAGUAAUAAUGAUGUGACUGCAUGUUACGAUGGUUCAGUGUUUUAAUUAGCUUCAGUAAUUAUUUAAGACUUCCAAAUUGUCGAUGUUGCGAUUACGUGAUGUAAAAGCAAAUAUAUAUCAUCCUUAAAUUUCACCAUAAGAGCUGGUGGACGUUCCACAGCCAACAGCACUUUGCAGGAACAAAAUUUUAGAUGGGUUAGUGUUAGGGGUCUAGAACCAGUAUACUGUAAUUCAGUAGCACCACCACUACAGUCUAGCGUAUGACUGUAAAGUGGAUUUAUGACUUUCAGACACAGUUAAAACGAAAACAGUUUUAGUGUUGUUAAUUGCAUUUGCGUGCAGUCCCUGUCUUCAAUGUUUGGCCCCCACAAAGUACAGGCACUGUAUUUAUCGGUGCUUUAUUCUGAAAAGUCGAACUGGCAGUUCAAGCGGAAAACGGAAAUGUCUUUCAUUCGAGUAAGCUACAUAGCUAAAUAUCAGAGGAUAUUAUUGUGUAAACAGGAAAAACAGCUACUGUCCAUUUAUUGACCUUUGCCAUGAAUGGACAACGACUCACGAUGCUCAAUUGCAACUAACAGCUGUAAAAUUUCUUGAGGAUUAGUGUUUUAUAACGACCUACCAACUGGUAAACUUCUUUUAGUUAAUCGUAUAUCCCUGGUCACCGGUGUGUUAAUGAAUAGUGAUGGAGUUGACUCAGAGAGACCAGCUGUCAGAGCUGGUGGAGGAGCUGACCACAUCAGGACAGCCACAGCUCAACCAGGAAAAGAUGAAGGAAAUCAAGAAGAUAUGCAAACUGUCUAAUGACUGCACAGACCACUUGUACCACUUAGUGAUGGCCCAGCUCAACCAAGAACACUCUGAGGUGCGACUGUCAGCCUUCCAGAUAGCCAGUGAGCUGUUCUCCAGAUCACACCACUUCAGGACACUGCUGGUAGACAACUUCCAGGAGUUUUUGGAGCUGACAGUUGAGACAGAUUCAGACCAGCCCCUCCCUCCACCUAAAGAAGUAGCCAGGAAACUGAGGUCACUGGCCAUCCAGACUAUCCAGUCAUGGCAAGCCUCAUAUGGGACAGCUUAUAAGAAGUUGGCACUAGGCUACCACUUUCUCAAACAGGUUAAGAAGGUGGACUUCCAGGAUGCUGAGGCCAGGACAGUUGCAGAGAGGAGGAGGGAGGAGGAUAGAGAAAGGAGAAUGGAGAGGAUCUACAAGGGGAGAGUGGAGGCAGCCUCCAAAGACAUGGAGGAGUCAUACCAGGAAAUUACGGCAACGUUGACAGAGAUGGAAUCCUGUAUGAGGCUACUUUUCCCUGAGUUUGGCCUCUCAGACAUCCAGACAGUCAAUGGCACUCCUUCCAUCUCCCAACCAGCUAACGAAUGUCCAUCAGAUGAUGAACAGCCCUGCUGCAGCAAAGACGUGAGGGAUAACAGCAAAGAUAGAAUGAAACAAGAGGGGAAGGAGAGCAGAGAAGGAAAGAAAAGCAGUGGGACAGAAAAGAAGGGACCAGAAGACAAAGGAAUGGUGGAGGAGAAGGGGGAGAAGAGAGACAACAUUGAAGACAAAAAAGGGAAGAGAAAGAAGGAGAAAAGGUCUGAAAAUGAGGAGAGGGAGGAUGAGAAGAGUAGGGAUGGGAAUGAGCAGAACGAGAAGAAGGGAGGGAAGGUAGAAGAUGUUGAAGAGAAGAAGGAAGAGAUUGAAAAACAGCAAUGGGAGGGAGAGGAAGGAAAAAACAACGAAGAGGCGGAGGGAAGUCGUGAAGAGGAGGAACCUUUUGAUGAAGAUUUGUUUAUUCGGAACUCAGGGCUCAUCUCUCACUCCUACACUCUGAACCUGAACCUCAGUCCUGGUUUUCAUGUAAAGGAGACGGAGGAUAAUGAGGCAGUGGUUUCCACAGUGAUAGACCUCCAUAGACUGAUAACAACCAAACACCUACCAGCUGUGCAGGGCUGGGUUCAGGUCUUCACUAAGGCAGGUGUGGAACAGCAUCUGUUAAGGAGAGCACUGGAUCUGAAGAGAUCUUUAGAAGCUACACUGCAGAAACAUAAAGAGCUUCACAUCGACUAUAAGACCAGGGUCCGCAAAGUGAUGAAGGCUUUUUCAGAUGGAGAGGAUGAUGACGACGAUGAUUUCGAUGACGUUCCAGAAAAAGAGGGAUAUGAGCCACACAUUCCGGAGCACCUACGAGCCGAGUAUGGUUUGGAUCCCACUCCCUCCAUCUCAGCAGCACCUGUCACAAGAAAACCUCCUGCUAGGGGACCUGCAGCUCAUUCUUCCUCCUCCAGGCAUCUGAAGCGACUCACAGAAAAGGAGCAGGAUCCAACCUGUGCAGCUGCCACAUUGCGCCUCCUCAGACAAAACCUCGGUCUAUCUGUGGAGCGCAGCAGCAGCACUUCUUCAGGUCCCAGUUCAUCUCAGUUGAGUUCAGAGCAGAAACCCGUUGAUGCUCCUGUGGUUCCAUUUGGUUUGGACCUGUACUACUGGGGCCAAGAGCAGCCCAAUGCUGGCAAGAUCAUCAAAGCUGUCUCUCAGCAUCAGUUCUGGGUUCCCACAGAGGUGGAGGAAGAGGUGGAGAAUGAGCAGUUGCUGGCAGAGAGCAGGAGCAGAUACAUCUCUUUCCCUGGAAGCUUCACUCCUGUCAGCCAUUACUGUAGAGCUCCACUAAGUAACGGAAAGCUGUGUCAGAGACAGGACCGGCUCAAGUGUCCCUUCCAUGGCCGAAUCAUUCCUCGAGACCAGGAUGGUCGACCCAGCAUGCAGGAGGACCGACUGAGGGAGGAGCAGGAGGAGAGGAGGAAGAGGGAGGAGCACCCUGACUGGCAUGAUGUAGAGCUGAUGCAGGACAUUGAGGCAGCAACAGGAGAAAACCUGGGUUCUGACAGAGUGGGUAAAAAAAGGAAAGGGAAGAAGAAGUUCCCUAAUCUCAGUGAUCUGAAGCAGAGCGCCAGCACAUCUCGCUCCAGGCUUGAGAAAAAAGUCUUCAACAAGAGCACCAUGCGCAGAGUAGCUCAAGUGAUGAGUAAAGCUGACAGAAAAAAACAUGACAAGUUCUCCAACCAGUUCAACUAUGCUCUCAACUGACCUCCAGCUAGUUUAAUAUGCCUUUAAAUAAAAUGGGACUGAGUGCUUCUGUUUGACUAUGAACAGACUUUCUUUUACUGACUCAAAGAAUUUAUUGAUGUGCACAUGCUGUAUAUGACUCUGGUAACCAGAUAAAUAUGACUGAUAUAUGACAAAUAAUAUUUAAAACACAAUGUUUUUGAAAAUUAUAAGGCAGUUGGAUUUGACUUGUGUGUUUAAUAACCUUUUUUAAGGAAAAAGAAUGAUCAUUAAUCAAAUGUAUGAUUGCAUUUUCAUGACAAGUGGACAAUUUUUGAAUGUGUGUGUUAGACCAUGCAUGCGCAGCUUCUGACACACUUGAUGAAUAAUGAUCAAAUACAACAAAAUUAUAAUUACGUUUCUUUUGGUCUCAUGUACGACCAAAUUAUUCAGUUUAUUAUUGCCUUUGUAUCUGCCAAUUUUCAUUUUGAUAUCUACACCUUUUUCUGCUAUUGUCUAGUUGAAUUCAUUGUUUAUGUUUAUAUUUGUUUUAUUUGUUUUUUUGGGGGGGGGUAAAGCCAUGUGAUAUAAAUGAACAUCAUGCAGGUUAACAAAAUUUGUACCAGAAGUAAACUGUAAGUCUCUCUGCUCAGCAUACUGUGUUCAUGUCCUGUGUGCAUGUCCAACCAUGCAGGGUACAUCUUGUGUUCAUACUGAAGGUGUGCAGGGGAACAUCAGCACUGUCGUUCACUGGACAAAAAUCAUCUGAUGGCAGACGAAGUGUGGUGUAAACAGAAGGCGAUAGAGCCACCCUACAUGAUCAUACUGUACAAGCUGGUGCAUGGGGGGGAGUGUUUACCAAUGACACUGUCAUGAGAGUCAAAAACCUACAUAAGAAUUAAAUUUAAUGAGAAGUGUUGAGGAGGGGAAGUAGUGUGGUGAACUGUUCACCACACAAAUCACAAAAGUGAUGGGUGAAAAAAAGGUUCAGUAUCCCAAGAGGGAAACAUUCCAGGACAGGGUAGUUAACUGAAUGCAUAUAAUGAUUUCAAAGCAUACAGGCACUGUAGUUUAAACGAGUGUAUUCACUCUUACCUAUUCAGAAAUUGGGCAGUGCUAUUUUGUCUGUUACCACAACACUCCAGCUCCAACUUACAGGUAUGCACUCAUAUUCCAUUUUGGGACAUAUAAAGACAUUCAAUAGCUGAAAAAGACUCUCAGGAGCCUCACAGGCAUCUGCUUGGCCAACCUCCCUCACCUGACUAUGG